CUUGCCCAUGCCCAAGCUAACCCUCCCUGGGGCCUGGUGAAUCAGAGAGGGCUGCCCCGGCCCCCCUAACCUCAGAAAUGGGAGAGGGGAUGGGCCCUGCUGCUCACUAUACCCAGGGGCUGGCCCCAUGACACCAUGCACUUGUCCCAGAAAAGAAAGUCUUUCCUGAUAAUUUGAUCCAGGCCUUCAUACACCUGAAAAAGGGGGAAACCUGCUACCCUGCCCCCCCACUCCCGCCCAACACACGCACAUACACUUGCCCUGCACCCCUUUCCAGAUGGACUGAGCCACCUUUGUGACAUCACAUGAUUCUGCAGACAAUCACCCAGUACUGAAGCCCUAGCGCUCUAUGGGUGGUACGGGGCAGUCUGGACUCCACAGGACAGGGCUAAUUCCCUUGAAUACAGAAGGCCCCUGAUGCCCCAGUAGUGCCAUGGACAGUUUAAUUAACAAAGCCAAUUUCGAGGCUAUGCUAGACCCGGCUGCCGGUCAGGAGCAAGCGAGGGCAGUCCCGCCUCAGCCUCUACCUGGACACAACGAGGGCUCCAGGGAGGUCUCAGGAAGGGGCAGGGACUUCGGCAGGUGCCAAGGUCCAGGUUCCCUGGAGCUGCAGCUACCAGAGAGCCCGAAGCAGCCCGAGGCCAUCGAGGAAGGUGGCGCCAGCACUGCUGCGCUCUCGUUCCCCAGGAAGCUGUGGAGCGUGGUGGAGAACGAGGCCUUCAAGUCCGUAGGCUGGAACGAGGAUGGGGACGCCGUGGUCAUUCAGGUGGACCUCUUCCAGAGGGAGAUGCUUGACCAGAGAGACCCACAGAGGAUUUUUGAAGCAGACGACCUGAAGAGUUUCACUGACCAACUUCGUCUGUAUGGCUUCAGACAGAUCCGUGCACCAGGCUCCCAGGUUCAGCCCUGGGGGGCCGAGAGGAUGAUGACGUACCACAACUCCAACUUUCAGAGAGGCAAGCCCGAGCUCCUUGAGAACAUUUGGAGGAAAGGAGACCUCCGAAACCCUGCUUGGCAAGGAACCUGUGAACCGAUUCUACUGAGGAAGCCCGCCUGGCAAGUAAUAGAUGAUCCGAAGAAGGAAAAGAAGCCGGUAGCCACCAGACACUCCCCACGAUUCCCCAAGGCAUGGAGGAAGGCACGGAAGGAGGCCUCCCUAGCGAGGGGCAGCAGAGGCCAGAAGCCCACGGUGUACUCCGGCGUGUGGGCUAUGAAAAGUAUCACAGCAGGGCAAGGCAUGAGCACCCCGUCACCUCAGGCGCCAAGGGGCUGCAGUGGGGAGGGCACCCCUAGGCAUGCCACGUCCACAGCUCCAGGUGCCGACGCAGUGACAGGCGAGGACACGGAGGCCAGCAGCUCCUCGGCUUACCGCAAUCACUGCAGUCUGAUGACUCUCUACAACACCUGCUAUUCCAUCGCGCUGACCGCCCUCUCCGCCAAGACCCCAGAUGAGCAGUCUGACGAGGAGGAGCAGGAGGGCUCCUCAGACUACAAGACCGUGCUGUGUGAGCGGGUGAGGGACAUGCCACCGCAGUGAGCUCACCUGCUGGUGACGCCAGGCGACGCCAUUCCCAGGAGGCUACCUGCCUCCAGUCUUAAUAAAGAGGAGCUGUGCCCUGGGGGGAAAUAAAGGACAGACCUUAGA